CCCCGGUCUUUCAUUAAUUGGAAUCCACCGCUUCUGGUGGGGAAGGUCAUCUUAGCUGGUUAGUACACAUGGACGAACCUCUGUUGAUUCGAAUUUGCUUCUUCGUUUUGCGACGACACAAGUUUUUCGUGUUUUAUCGGUAAAUUUCUAAUGUGAUUCCAACUGGACCAAUCGGUUUCGAGGUGAUAGAGUGCCAGUAAUGAAGUGAAGGAAAUUUGUGUGGAAAUAUUUAGUGCAAUGUAUAGAUUACUAGCGCUUCUACUAGUCUCCCUUGUGGAUGGCAGCACUCAGAUGGUCUACUAUCCAGACGACAAUGGCAACGUGAUUUACAACAAUCAAGCAUAUCCAGUUCAGCCACCAAUGGCCCCUUUUGGAAGUUUCCAAGCUCCCAAUCGGUUCAAUGAGGGAAAGAGUACCGAGGUAACCAAACAGGUUCGAAUUCCUCCAAGGGGUACUCCGGAGUAUGAACUAUUCGUUACAAAUGCUAUUUCAACAGGCUUGAUGAAGUUAACAGUGGCUGUGAAUAAAGUAAUCACCAGUCAGUCAAGUAAUCAGUAUAAUAAUAUAGUAUUCGCACCAGUCAGUAUGGCAGCCUCUCUGGCCCUCGUUCUUCUCGGAUCCAAUGGCAAAACAUACCAAGAAAUAUCUACGCUCUUGGGUUUCGCAACUGGAGUGCCUGAUCUCGACAAGAAAUCCCAAAUAGUUCACGAGCAGUUCGGUAAGAUGAUAGUGAAACUGGAAAAAACUUCAGGAUUCAUAAUAGGAUCUCAAGUGAAUUUCGCAACUGCCAUAUUCGUCCAGAACAACUUCCCUAUACGGAAUAUAUACAAGAACACUGCUGAAAGUAUUUACCAGAGCGAAGUUCUGAAUCUAGAUUUCCAGCAGAAUCCAGUGCACGCGCAGAAGUCUAUCAAUGCCUGGGUUUCGGAUAGGACGAAAGGGAAGAUCAAAGAGGUGCUUUCUGAAGCUCCUUCAGCUGACACCAAAGUCAUACUAGCCAGUGCCAUGUACUUUAAUGCUCAAUGGGAAUACCCUUUCUAUGACGGCGCCACUAAAAGACGGCGUUUCUACACAAAUGGUAAAAAUCAGCCGAGUGAAAUAUGGGUAGAUAUGAUGUCAAACGGUGGGGACUUCCCCUAUUAUAAAGAUAAGAUGCUCGAUUGCGAAAUUAUAGGAUUCCCAUACAAAGGCAAUCAUACCACAAUGUAUGUAGUGAAACCAAUGAAUUCAAAUAAGGAUAAACUGAAAUCGUUGGAGGACGUUCUAACAGUUGAGCAUUUACAUAGACUCGUGUCGAAUGUUAAGAUAACAUCAUCAGUGAUACUUUUCCCCAAAAUGCUGAUAGACACGACGUUGGACUUGAAGACACCCCUGAAACACUUGGGUAUUUCAUCGUUGUUCAAUCCCGAUGAAGCUAACCUAGCUUUGUUGUCUCCCGGAGCUACAGCCUCCAUUACAAAUCUGACUGGAAAAGUGAAUCUGGGAAAUGCGGUCAUCAAUCCCAUUUCGCCCAAUAUUCCGAGAAAUCCUUAUGAGGGGGACGAUUCUGUUCUGAUUUUCAACAGAUUUGGCGACACAGUCAACUGCACCGAUCUAUUUGAAAUGAAAAACAAUAUAACGACUUGCGAGCAAGUGGUCACAAAUACGACUAGUAAAGUUAUCUAUAAGAAAAUUGGCGACAAAAUUGGAAGAAGAAUAGCUAGAAAAGCAAGAUCGUUGUCAACCGAAAAUUUGGAUAGUUUGCGUGAAAGCAUCAACGCACCGAAAAAUCCGGUUAACUUCGAAAAUCCUGGACUUUUUGCUGACAAAGUGAUUCAUAAGGUUUAUAUGCAUAUAACAGAAACAGGAACGGAGGCAGCUGCUACAACUGUUUUCGGGUUGUCUAAGCUGGGAAGUAGGGUGAUAUUCAGAACAGAAGUGCCUUUCUUUUUCUUUAUAAUGCAUGAAGAAACUAAGGUGAUUAUGUUUUGGGGUUCAGUGAAUAGACCUACUCCGUUUUAUGCUAGUGACUCAAAGCAAUGAGCCCAAUUUCUUCUAUUUAUUUGUACAAAAUAACUCACAUUUUAGUCCACGUGAAGUUUAGUGUAAACCAAUUGUGUAUUCUGGUCAAUAUUUCAGCCCCACCUAGACGUUAAUUUCACAUUCAUCACAUUUUAUAUGACAUUGUAAUGAGAAAUGUAAAUAAAUAUCUCACCAUUGUUUAAA